AUGGAGGGUGCAGCUGGAGGUCUCCCAGUCCAGGCUGCAGCGGGGCGCAUCUGUCACCGCUCCCGGGGCGCCUGGCGGCCGCGGCACCAGCACCAGCAGCAUCCACCCCGGCCGAGGGAGCGCCCAGAGAGCAGCCCUGCUUUAUGGAGGCCCUGGAUGCUCACAGCAAGAGACAGUGAGAUGACAGAGAAUCAACAAAUGUCAGAACUGGAUGGUCAGCUAAUAAAUUUUAGACCAAAAGGAGCCCUGGGGUUUCAACAUCCAGUGAGACUUUAUUUGCCCAAGUCCAAAUCUCAAAAGUUUCUUAAUAACAUCGGAGAGAAGGUUCUGGCGAGUUUUCCAGUACAAGCUACAAUUCAUUUCUACAAUGAUGAUGCAGACUCUGAGGAAGAUGAAGAGGAAAUCGGUUCAGCCUAA